CAGAAAGCUGUACUUAGUUGUCAUAAAAGUCUUAUAUUUCUCGGUGAUUUAGCACGUUAUCGGGAGUUGCAAACUGAGAAACCACGUAAAAAUUGGUCUAUUGCGUGUGAUUACUAUAACCAUGCAAGACAUUUAGUCCCUGAAAGUGGUAAUCCACAUAAUCAAUUAGCCGUAAUCGCAACCUACAGUGCAGAUGAAUUUUCCGCUGCUAGAAAGUCUUCUGCUGAUGCUCAAGAAAAAGGACAAGAGACCCCUCAAAGAGACCAGAAAGAAAAUGGUAGUAGACGACGAUUUUCUCAUCAGCGUCAAACAUCGUCUGCAGCGCAAUCAGCCAAAAUUCGAACCGGUGAAGCUACACAGGCCUUUUUUUCCGAUUUUAUUCGUUUGCAUAGCAUUUUGUACUUUAGAACGGAUUUGGAAUCGUAUUCCGAAUUGAAAGCAGCUUUGCUGAAUCAACUGAGAGAAAGUGUUCUUUCUCUCGCAUUGGACCCUGAUCAGCUCUUAAAAUUUACGGCUAUUAAUAUGGCAGCCUCAUUCGUCAUUCGACAUAUUGCAAAUGGAGAUAGUAACCAUGUUAAUCAAAGUCCGAAGGCCACUAUUUCGUAUUCUACAGCCUCUAAAAAAGCCCUUGUAGAAAAAUACGCCAUAUUAUUAACUUUGGAUUCACUUUCCACUUUACUGGAUGUGUGUAACUCUGAGUUGUUAGAUGUUGUGGUUGAAUACUCGGAUCAAAGGCACAAUGCAGUUCAAAUUCUUCCGGCUCCUGUUAAAAGAAGUUUGAUAUCUCUUCGUGUGGGAACAAAAUGGGUUUAUUCUUCCCUUGAACAUCUGUCAUCAAUAACCGCAUUGAUUGAAAAAGAUCCUAAUGUCAAAAAUGAGUUCACAAACAUCGCUAUGUUUUGGCAACGGUUUGCUGAAUUCCUUAAUUCUUUGGAACGCUUGUUCCCUCAUAGUCAAGGCAUUCCUCUUGAUGUUCCGCUAGCAGAAGAUCUUGAAUUGACCGGAUUUUCAGGUUUAAAAAAUCAUACCUUUAUGAAUGAACAGAUUUUACUUAAUCAAGGGGAGCCCUUUGAAGAAUUAGACAUGCGCAUCUAUGACAUAUUUGAAGAUGCUUGCAAGAUUUCGGAAUCAGAGCAUUCCCAAUUAUUCUAUGUUGAUGGUGUAUUUAGUUCAGGUGCACCACCUAGCAAGGCUGCAUCUCCUGCUAAUUCUUUGAGCCCCGUCCAAAAUCAAGUUGCAGACCAAUCUUAUGUUGAGGACAAGGUCGAAGUUCCUAUUACUGAUUUAAUCGCGGAUCAUUACGAGACUAAUUUAGCCGAGUCCCAGUCCUUUGCAUCCAGUAGCCCCAAAAAACUAACUAAUGAUUCUUCCGAAGAUGGUGAUUCAGAAGAUGAAGUGAUCUUAUUUACAGGAAGACAUUCUUCUGUUAUUGAGAACAACAAUGCGAAUGACUUGGCUAAUUCUGAAAAAUCCUCUCCACGUCCUACUACUGCUGAAGUCUUAUUGACUCAAGUUUUAAAAUCUAACAAAUCAACAUCUUCAACAUUACCAAUUACCAAUUCAACUAAUCACUGGAAUCAGUUUAAUACCACCCAAUUAUUUCCAAACAGCAAUAACUUAAACGUCGAAAACGUUGAAACAAAGCAGCAAAAUUUUUUAGAGUUUUUAUACCCCGUGACUAGGCCUUCAACUAAUCUAAACGGCAACAUUAGUGCAUACUCUCAAACGGUAUUCCCCGCGCAUACCGCUAUUUCUGGAGUGCCAAAUGCUUCACAGGAUCCUCUUGUGCCUUCUACAAAACGUUUGUCCGGAGAAUUUAAUUCAAUUACGCCACAUCAACAGGCGACCGCUAUUUCAAGCGCAUCAUUGUUUGCGUUUCCAGGAACUGAUGGUGGUGUUUCUCAAUUUGGUUUAUUUGGCGAUCCCAAUACUAGCCUUCUUGGUUUUUCGGGAACGUCUGGACAUACUUCUGCGAAAUCUAGCUUAUCAGCUAUCAAUCCACCGCCUGGGUUUUCAUCUGAAUCAAGUGCAUUCGAUUUACACAGACAUAAUCAACAAAAUAAUCAAUCUUUAUUCCAACCAUCUAAUGUUUUUGGGUUCUCUUCUUUCGAUAUGAGCACCCAAUUCCCAUGGAAGCAAAGGGAAUAUGUAAAUGGUUUGUCAGAUGGUAAUUUACAAGUGAAUGGAACGGCUGGAUUAUCCGAUCAUUAG